AAUGGGCUUUGUGGUAGUGGACUCUUAAACCCUAAUAGGAUUAGGGGUUAAGGCAUUUCCCAAUUCCUAACCUGGAACUUAAAACCCAGCCAUGCGCCACCUCUUGACCCCACUCCGGUGCCGCCGGCUAUUCCUACUCCGGUCGGCCCGCUUCAAAGUUCCGACCGCACCGGCUCCACCGACGCCUCCCAAACCCCCGAGGAAACCCCAGAGCUUCACAUUCCACGACUCGACCUGGGAGGACCCGUACAGCUGGAUGUCGAGCCUGAGCGACAAGGUGGCCAUGCGUCACAUGGACGUGUAUAUGGAGCAGGAAGAGAAGUACAAAGAGGCAGUCAUGUCCGGGACCGAGCGCCUCCAGUCCAAGCUCCAGUCCGAGAUGGCUUCUCGCUUGGCCUUCGAACUCUCCACCCCUCCUCUCCGCUGGGGCCCUUGGUUAUACUAUCGGCGAAUAGAAGAAGGAAAACAGUAUCCAGUUCUAUGUCGGAGAUUGGCGAGCUUAAAUGAGGAAUUCAUUUCUCACAAAUCUCCAUCAGCUGGAUUUGAUUUUACCUCGGGGAAAAGAAUUGAGCAGAAGCUGCUUGAUUACAAUCUGGAAGCCGAGAGAUUUGGAGGUUAUGCUUAUGAAGAAUUAUCGGAAGUGUCUCCGGAUCAUCGAUUUCUUGCAUAUACUAUGUAUGAUAAGGACAAUGACUACUUCAAGUUGUCUGUAAGGAAUUUGAAUUCUGGUUCGUUAUGUAGUAAACCUCAAGCUGGACGUGUUUCGAAUUUGGCAUGGGCUAAGGAUGGGCAGGCAUUGCUCUAUGUCCUUACAGAUAACAAUAAGAGGCCAUACCGGAUAUACUGUAGCAUGAUUGGAUCAACUGAUGAAGAUGUGUUGCUUCUGGAAGAAUCAGAUGAUAAUGUUCAUGUAAACAUAAGACAUACAAAGGAUUUCCGAUUUGUGACUGUAAAUACAUUCUCUAUUACUUAUUCCAAGGUAUUUGUGAUAAAUGCAGCUGAUCCAUUGUCUGGCAUGACAUUAGUUUGGGAGUGUGAAGGUCUAUCCCACUGCAUAGUUGAGCAUCAUCAAGGGUGCCUUUAUUUAUUUACAGACGCUGCCAAACAGGGCCAAUCAGUUGAUUAUCAUUAUCUUCUUCGUAGUCCUGUUGAUGCUUCUUCCAGUCCAAGAAAGUGGGAGAACGUAUUUAGUGAUGACCAAGAUUUGAUCAUUGAAGAUGUUGAUUUCAGUGACACACACUUGGUUCUUAUUACAAGGGAAGGUCGAAAAUUCAGAAUUUGUUCAAUUAGUCUCCCUCUGCCUGUUAGGAAGGGAGCUGUGCAUCUCAAAGAACUUAACCCGUAUUCUCCUCUUCCUCAACAUGUUUCUCAAAUUUCACCUGGACCUAAUUAUGACUAUUAUUCAUCAACAAUGCGCUUUACAAUCUCAUCACCUGUGAUGCCGGAUGCAGUGGUCGAUUAUGACCUCUUAAACAGAAAGUGGAAUAUCAUUCAGCAGCAAAACUUUCUCCAUGAAAGAACACGAAUAUUGUAUGGAACAGCCUCUGCUGCAAGCAUUGUUGAAAGUGACUCAACUACCAAAAACUCCAACUACAAGAACAAAGACAUGGUUGAUGAUCAUCACAUGUGGAACGAACUCUCUGAGUUUUAUGCUUGUGAAUACUAUGAUGUCUCUUCUUUCGAUGGGGUUGUGGUUCCUUUAACUAUUGUUUACUCACGCAAAAACAAGAAAGAGAAUCAGUACCCUGGAUUACUUCAUGUACAUGGAGCUUAUGGUGAAUUACUAGACAAACGAUGGCGCAGUGAGUUGAAAAGCCUUCUUGAUCGUGGUUGGGUUGUUGCUUAUGCUGAUGUUAGGGGUGGAGGUGUUUGGGGUAAAAAGUGGCAUCAUGACGGCAGACGUACAAGGAAGCAGAAUUCUAUUCAAGAUUAUAUCUCCUGUGCGAAAUUCCUUAUUGAGAAAGGGAUUGUCCAAGAUAACAAGCUUGCUGGUUGGGGAUAUAGUGCUGGUGGACUUUUGGUUGCUUCAGCCAUAAAUUGUUGCCCAGAUUUAUUCCGUGCUGCAAUUUUGGAGGUCCCAUUUCUUGAUCCAACCAACACUCUUCUCUAUCCCAUUUUACCACUUACAGCUGUUGACUACGAAGAAUUUGGGUACCCUGGAGAUGUUGAUGAUUUUCAUGCCAUACAGAAAUAUUCUCCUUAUGAUAAUAUUCCGAAGGAUGCUCUUUAUCCGGCUGUUUUGGUUACCUCAUCUUUCAAUACACGAUUUGGGGUGUGGGAAGCUGCAAAAUGGGUAGCACGUGUCCGUGAACGUGCAAUCUAUGAUCCAAAACGUCCAAUACUGCUUAAUUUAACGACAGACAUAGUGGAGGAAAACAGGUACCUGCAGUGCAAGGAAUCAGCAUUAGAGACUGCAUUUCUUAUCAAGGUAAUGGAAUCUUAGAUUUCCUACCACCAAAUCUGUUGAUAUUGGCAAGCCAUAAAUGCUACCAAUGGGGAAGAAACAUCUCUUCAGGAAUCAAAUUUUCAAAUCCCAACUGUCCAUUAGUUAGUAAACCAGGAUCCAGAGCAUGUGUUGUUUAUUGAAUAUUCAUUUUUGUUGCUGUAGUGCCAUGUAAACUGUAAAGCCCACUUUUUUUAGGGGUGUGGAGGAUCUGGCCUAACUUGAUGGUUCAGUUUGCUUGAACUUCGAUUAUGGUCCAGACAAAAAGGUUGGUUUUCUAUAGUAGGU